UACUAUUGUUAAGAAACCAGUUUGGGCCCCGAAGGUCCAUGUGGUCCAUCUAACCAAAACUCUAACUUUGCACUAUAUAUAGAGGAGAACACUACAGAAUACAUGAAUGAUAAUAUCAACCCCCUCGUAUCUUUGUGUCUCCUGUGUUUAUGAGUUAAGGAGCCUUUGGACUACACUCGGUAGCAAAGGGUUCUUAACACGUUAUCAGCAUGAAUGCUUUUGUGAUGUAGGAGUUCACAAAGGUAAGAAUCUAGUCACACUGCAACGUACAGAGAUAUGGCCAUAGGCUCAUCCGAUCAUGCUGAAGGUGCGUAGUAGGUAUGUAUUUUUUUCUCAUUUCUUUGUUCUUGAUUCCAAGUUUCUAACACGCAAGGCAGCAGUCGCCCCUCGAUUCAAGUGCUGCUCGAGCACGCGGAAACAACAGCCACUGCACCGCCUUGCGCGCAGGCGAGCACGCGGGCACAACGGCCAUGGCACCGCCCCGCAGGCGAGCGAGCAGGCCGCGCUGUCGUACGCAGGCACGCGAGCACGAGCCCAGCCGCUACUACUGCAGGCGAAACCAGACAUCGCCGCUCCGGCAAGUGGGCACGCAGCCGUCACAGCACCACCUCUACGGCACGAGGGCGUCGCGCCGCCGUUGCUUCAAAGGCGUGCUGACGAGCAGACGCAGCCCCGUCGUGACCGAGCACAGGCCAUCGCUGUUGCGUACUUGCGUACGAAGCUCAUGCCGUCGCUGCGCAGGCCAGCUUCCGUGCGCUGCCGCCGUCCCGCGGCAAGCGCGCAAUCCAAGCCACUGCGCCGCGAGCACGAACAUAGGUUGAACCACCUCCGCCGCUGCAAGUGAACAUGUAGGCGCGGCUGAUUCCGUGGGCGGCGUGUCGACUGUCGCCGCUGCCACUCCAUGGGCACGCGAGCCUGCAAGCACCGACCGCCACCGGCGACACGACCUCGAAGAUAUGCAGGCUGGCGCGGGCACCGCCGCCCCGAAGGCUGGCUGGCGCGCUAGCAGCCGCCGCAGCCUCAGAGGUAGGUAGGCACGGCCGCCGCCACCCCAAAGUUUGCACGAACCGAAAAUAGGAAGGAAAGAAAAAAGGGUAAAAG